UAAUUGGACUAUAGAAAAAGUAAGCUGUGGUUUCUUGUUACAUUAUAUGUAUGCUCAUUCAUGUUAGUGUUAUGCAAAAAUAGAAGCAUCAUCAACCUCUCUCUCUCUCUCUCUCUCUUUGCGCCAAUAAGUUUCAAACUCAAAAGGGUUUGCUUAAUGGAUACAAGCACACCUUUUGAUGUUGUUACCAUUUUUACUAUUCUCUUAUUAUCAUACCCUUUUGAUAUAGCAAAUGCAAACUCUGAAGGUGAUGCCUUGUAUGCAUUCAGAAGAGCUGUAAAAGACCCAAAUAACAUUCUACAGAGUUGGGACCCCACUUUGGUGGAUCCUUGUACAUGGUUUCAUGUUACCUGUGAUCGUGAUAACCACGUUACUAGACUAGACCUUGGACAUGCAAAACUUUCUGGUCAUUUGGUUCCUCAACUAGGGAACCUUCACCAUCUUCAGUUUCUAGAAUUGUACGAGAAUGAAUUGGUGGGUCCAAUACCAAAAGAGCUUGGAAACCUGAAGAACCUAAUUAGCUUGGGUCUUUACCACAACAAUCUCACUGCCUCUAUCCCUCCCACCCUCUCUAACCUCUCUAAUAUCAAAUUCUUGCGACUCAACAACAACAAGCUGACAGGAAGAAUACCAAGGGAACUCACUAAACUGAAAAAUCUCAAGAUUUUAGACCUGUCAAACAAUGAUCUCUGUGGUACCUUCCCCACAUACGGUUCCUUCUCUAACUUAUCUCAACAAAGUUUCAAGAACAACCCAAGACUUACAGGUCCAGAGUUAAUGGGAUUCGUCAGAUAUGAUGUUGGAGGAAACUGCAAAUGAAAGAUUGCAAAACUACAACCAUUUAGUGAUGUGAAGAAGAUCUAUGUAUUUGAAUUACAAAAAUCAUCUUUACAGCUAGUACGGAUGGUUUGGGUUGUCUGUCUUUGUAAUAUUGAUAUAUGUCUUAAUUAAAAACUCGUUUCAUACUAUACAAGUUGUUCAUCUUAAGAUUUUUUUUA